AUGGUGUACAGCUGGGAUGACAAAGAGGCCGAAUGCCAUCGACUCUACGUCGAAGAAAAAAAGAGCCUAGACGAGGUGAUCGCGCACUUCGAAGCUCAAGGCUUCACUCCUAGUAAACGCGCUUUCCAGACACAAUUCAAACGUUGGGACUUUCCAAGUAAGCAGAAUCCUGCGCACAAGAACCCUGCCCUCGUCGCCCGGCUCCAACAGCUAUGGGAGCGGAAUUAUACGCAGAAGGAAAUGGUAGACACCCUCCAGGAUGAGGGCUACCAGAUCAACGACCGAGAGUUGAUCAGACUACGCUUGAGGCUCAAGCUUCUUCUCCGAGAGAGCGUACCUAGACCGAGGAGGAAGCAGACUGUAGAUGGAGGUACGCUGAAGAAGCAAAAGAAAAAGAAAGCAAAGACUUUGCCGGGUAAAGAAUUGAUCAACCAGCUCGGCAAUGCCAUACUGGCUGAGAGUUCUGAGAGCCAAGAGAGCUCAGAGGAAGAAGAAGCGACUUACACGACAGUCGGUGGUGACACCACAACAGACAUUCAGCCCGUCCAGCCCGAGCUUGAACCUCCAACAUUCCAUCCCGAAGAAUCACUACGAAGACAGCUACGACAAGAGCAUCUACAAAGAGAGAGCGACGAAAAGUGGCGCACACGGAAACGACGACGGCGAACGCGAGGCUGGGCUGGUCUGCCAGCAGAUACACCUGGCGAGCCACCACGAUUUCCUUCCGAAACCACAAUCGACGAGGCGAAGGCAUAUCUUCGCCUAGACAAUGAAAUGUACCGCAGGCUUCGUGAGCGGUUCCAGGAGAUAUGUGAGGCUGAAGGCGUUGUCAAAAAGACAGUGGCCGGUCCGGAGAAGUGGGCGCAACUGGUGCAGCGGCUCAUACAAGAAGACACACACUUGGUCUCUGUGUUCCAGCAGGAACCACCCAAAGGGCAGAGAGCUCUGUCGAUAGAUGUCAUUUGUAUGGAUGUCACAAAGCGUCUACGUACCAUGGAGACCAGAAUGACGCUCGCUGAUGCGAAGAAUGCUCUUGGACUAAAUCCGGAGCAGACGCGCCAGGUCAGAGCAGCCUACAUCGCAAAGCUCAAGACCGCCCGUUUCACCAACAAGCACGAGGCUGGAGAAGAGCAAUGGAAAGAGCUUAAGACAAUCUGGGUCAACGAAUCGGACCAUUUGACGCGAGCCCUUGCUCAAGGCGAGGCCGAUCCUGAAUAUGCGCGAAAGCUGCGAGCCGUCGAAGUGAUAGCCAGGGAUGUCACGAAGCGGCAGCAACAGGAGAAACUGACCAUGGACCCGUCCAAACAGAAGCAGAUCCAUCAGGGUCCUGGGCCUGGUCCAGCACCGCCGGUCAUCGCACCACAACCAGAGCGGCACCGACAGAGCGCUGUGUCAGACUACAAUGCAUCGACGCAUACAAGUCAAACCAAUCUUCCAACACUGUCGCCUUCGAGCGACUUGCAGAUCGAUCCCUCGUUGCUGUUGGCCGCAAGUGAUGCGGCCGUGCUCCCGAGUCCGGCCUACCAUCAACCUGAGCAUCACUAUCAAUCACACCCUGAGCAUACACAGAAUGUACAGUCACAGGCGUCAACACCGCACCACGCAUUACACCACCACUACAACCAUGACUACUACCCCGCUGCCUCGUCCCAGCACUCCCAGCCCAUGCCGAUAUAUUUUCGUCUGCACCACCUGUCUGCAACGUCUUUUCCGUCGAAGACGGUCUGGCUGUCCAUCCUACAUACGCAAUCAGUCAGUGAGAUCGGCAACCUGGCCAUCCGUGAGCACCCUGGAACGAUCGCGCUCAAAGUGGAAGGACUGGUUGUGUACAGACAGGAUCAGGGUGAGCGAGAAGUGGUGGUUGAGGUCAGCGAUGACGAAGAGCUCGCUGCGUACUUGAGCCACGUCAAGAGUACUGGACACGGCAAAGCAACGUUCGUGGUUUUAUUGGGCAUGGCAAGCGGCAGUUAUGCUUGA